GGCGCCAUCUCCAUCCUACGAUCGGUGAACUUCCAGCCAGCAGGAGCGGCAAACUACGCUGACCUCGCUAUCAGCUGCUAUCUAUCUACAACUACAACUCUCGAUCAAGCUAGCAGCAAGCUGCAACGCGGUACCGGUAAGCUACGCUACCUGUGCGUGACGUGUGUGACUGUGAAGUCUUGCCAAAAGUUAAAUCUGCACUGUUAAGGCCCAGUAAAAAAGUCUGGAGUAGAAUAGGUAUUUAGCGGUUUUUUCAACCCAACACCAAGUCAAGACUUUGAAGAUGGCAGUAGCAGACGUCAGUGACAUUCGCCAAUUCUUGGACUGGUUGAUUGCCUUCCGUGAUCCUCGUGAUAUAUGGACCAAUCACAGAAGUUUCUUGAUUGCUGAGGUUCUUUACCACAUACUGGCCUUCUUGCUUAUUAGACAUGCGUUAAAGCGUGGUGGUCGAUUUGCGUGGUACCUGCUUGCCAUUCUCAUCCAUGCAUUCGUGGUUGAAUCUGUCAGUUACAUUCUACCUGAUAUUGACAACUUCUGGCAUGCCCAAGCUACUGUGAUGCUGCUGGCAAAGAGACUACCAACAUAUAUUCUAUGCGUGUAUUAUAUGUUCAUGUAUCCCUCCUUCGUUGCUGUUUCUCGAUUACGUCUACCAUUCUGGGCGGAGCCAUUCGCUCAUGCACUGGUGACAGUUCUUCUUGACAUUCCGUAUGAUAUAAUGGGCAUUAAGCAUCUAUGGUGGACGUGGCAUGACACCGAUCCAAACAUCUAUGAUCGUUACUACUGGGUACCAAUCACCAGCUUCUUCUUCUGGGCAACGUUCAUGUGCAGCCAUAAUUUCCUCUUCUUCGCCACUCCGCGUUGGCUGGGGAGCAAAGCCGGAAAAUAUGAGAGCAAUUCAAUGUCGAUGGAGAUCAUCAGUGCGACUGUGGCAGGGGUGUUUGCGUUUCCCGUAGCAACCAUCCAAUUCAUCAUCAUCUAUCACAUUCCUCAUGACGUGUAUGGCGUUCCUACAGGAUUCUGUCUGGGUGUACUGUUUGCAAUCUACCUGCUGAUGGUAUGGGUGGGGGAUAGGAAGCCAGCGGAUGAUGCCAGACCAUUCGGAAAACAUGGUGGAACACCAUUCUUUGACAGUGUUGGUAUUGUAGUAUUUGCCCAUUAUCUUCUCUAUCUGUUCAUGGUAUACUUCAUGAACCCUGAAACCUACCAGUCUACUGGAAUCCAUGAAGAGACCGGUAACUGCAAAGACCAGGUUACAAUGUACACUGCUUUAGGACAGCUUGCUUACAAGCAGAAAUACCUAUGUACUUCAAACUAUGAUGAGAACUACUUUGACUGGCACUGCCUUCCAGGUGAACAGCCUCCUAAGGAUAACGAGCGAUGGUACACCAUCUGUGGAAUGGACUAUCCAAACCACUUUGAAUACUGCAUGGUGGUCACGACCCAUGUCAUCUUUGGUCUCAUCGUCUACUAUCAGAUGCUCGCAAGGUCUGGCAAAGAUAUCAACCCAUCAAAGAUGUAUAAACACAAGCAAAAGUAAAUCAUUGCAGCUCAAAAGUUAUUCUGUCUCCAUCUCUACUUAUUCCUCUUCUUCUUCCUCUUCUCUUCCUUCUUGGUCCUCUUCUUUCUUCUUUGUCUCCUUCUCUUCUUUCUUCUCCUCAACACAUGUCAUCUUUGGUCUAAUCGUCUACUAUAAGAUGCUAGCAAGGUCUGGCUAAAAUAUCAACCCAUCAUAAACACUUGUAAGCAGAAGUAAAUCAUAGCAGAUUAAGAGGGAUUCUGUCUUCCUAUGUCUCUCUCUCCUUUCUCCUCUUUUCGUUCUUCUUCCUCUUCUCUUCCUACUUCUCCCUCUCCUUCUAUGUCUCCUGCUCCUCUUUCUUCUUCUUCUUCUCCUCCUCCCCCAUGACCCAUGUCAUCUUUGGUCUAAUCGUCUACUAUAAGAUGCUAGCAAGGUCUGGCUAAAAUAUCAACCCAUCAUAAACACUUGUAAGCAGAAGUAAAUCAUAGCAGAUUAAGAGGGAUUCUGUCUCCCUGUCUCUCUCUUUUAAAUCUUCCUCUUCUUCUCCUUUGUCUCCUACUCCUCUUCUUCUUCUCAUCUUUCUCCUCAACCACAACCCAUGUCAUCUUAAUUCUUAUUGUCUACUAUCAGAUGCUAGCAAAAUCUGGGAAAGAUAGCAACUUGACAUAAACUCAGAUAAAAGUAGAUGAUAGCGAAUUUGGACGGUGGAUGAUCUUUGAAGGUUUGCAUGGUGGUACAGCUAAUGUAGAAGAGUCUUCGGGAUCACCAUGUGGUUAAUCCUGAAAAGGAGUGUGUGUUUUGGAUUGUGGAAUUUAAAAGAAGCUGAUGAGACAUUAAAAUGAUUAAUAGAGGUCUUAUCUCAUCUCACCUACUUUUUGCUGCCAAUACUCUUCACUUCAUCUCCUCUACUCCCAAGACAAGUCAUCACAGUUCCAAAUCUUGUCUUGUCUAAAGUCCAUUGAGGGACUUCACCUAAUCCCAAAUAAGAAUAUUCUCCUAUUUCAUCUAUCUCUUUCCUCUAUUCUAUUCUCAAUCUCUCUAAUUUUUAUUUUGCAACAGUUUUCUCUUGUAUUCCACCAUCCAAAGUCUUUAUCAGGAAUCAGUACAUAGUGAUCUGUAAACCUCUUCUAUGGGGGGGGGGGGGGGGUUGUAACACAGAUCCCCAAUGAUUUUGUUUUAGGAAGUAAUAUGAACUUUGACCAUUCCAAACUCGUCUUUUAUCAUUUUCACAUUUUUAAUGGUAAAUUAUGGCACAUCUCCAUGUGAUUUUUUUUUUUCUAAUUCCAUAACAUCAGUAUUAUUCUGUUGGAAGAGUUUUAUUUUCAGCUCUUCACUUAGAUGCAAGGUCAUGAAUAGUUCGCUCCUUGAUAAUAGAUUGAUUUUAAUCAGAAUAUAAUUAUUUUUAUAAGGGAAAGGAGGACAUUAUAUUUGUGUGCCAAAUGUUUUUUUUUGUGUGAAUAUCUCACUGGCGAUAAGUUAAAGUCUGUAUGUAUGUGUAAAAAUCAAUCUCAGUGUAACAUUAAAUGUUAUCAAAUAAUGUAAUUGAUUUGCGACAUAGAAGUGAAGGACUAUGACAUGGUGAUCUAAAAUGAAAAUAUAAUGAGAAAGCAAAACAAGCCUUAAUGUAAGAUGAGUCACAAUAUUAUUACAAUUAACAAGAAUUUCAUGUGAAUGACUGGAAAAAGAGUUACCGGUGUACUGUUAAUACAUUAAGAAAUCUGUUGUAUUUUUAGUUGUAGUGGACAAAAGUACUUAAUUUUCAAUGUAAAAAUUGUAAUUCUGUGUUCUCUUUUCAAUUUAUUGAUACAUGGUAUAUAUAAACUCUUCCACCAAAGUACUCAAGGUCCAAGGAAAACAAGAAAAAAUAAUGAGGUAAAGAAAGAUCAUGAGGUAUAACAAACUUGCAUUAUGAAGUAAAUAAUACAGAAAGGGAGAUGAUACAGAAUUUUACCUGAACAAAUAUAAAAAGAAAAACUAUAUGGUAUUUUUCAUUAUUUUUAUAUGUUUAAUACUGUGUGUGUUUUAUGAGCUAUUAUAACAGUACAAUUUAACAAACUUGGAAGUUGAUCACGAGGUAGAUAAGACAGUGACCCUAAACUCUAUUUUGUAUUCCAAUGUGCCAAUGAUGUUUAUGUGACUACAUGUACCUGAUUAUUUUAUCAUCUACUAAGAGUAGAAUGUGUUAAACACUUUUAUGCAAUUCAAGGGUAUCAUUGUUUGUGCAAUGUUAACAAUUAUGUUUUAUUGAUUUUACAAUCAAGUGCACUUGAUACAGUAUUGAUAUGAUUAAACGUGAUCAUGUGCUUUUUAAUGACCAUA